CUUGGUUUAGUUAAAUCUUUGCUACAGUCAACUGCGUUUCCUUGUUUAGUUCAACUUCCGCAUCUGACAUAAAGUAACGCUAGACGCUGUAUAAUGAUUUUAUAGCAUAAAUAGUUUGUAUUAAAGUACUUAUAAUAGCGGACUGUUAACGAACAUGGUUAUGUAAUUGUGCGUGAUCGAAAUUGAUUACCAGGUGUUAGUCUGUUGCAUUUGCAUGACAAAACAGGGGACACGGUGUGUCAUUUAGUUAGCUUAGCUUGCUUUUGCUAGCUAUUUGAUCAGAUCAGCUAGAUUGUAGCCACUUCAACCUACACUAUUCAUUGGCUACGCCAACGGAAUAGCUGGCUACAUCUUUUCAGAAUGAAGGUGUCCAUGUCACCCCCACACACAGCAACGUCUGUGCGGCUGUUAGUUCUGGCUGUUCAGCUGGUCUUGUUGGUGUGUGGAGGCCAGGCCAGUGACGACACCAAGAGGUGUAAGCUGUUCUCUGAGUCCCCGGCAGAACGGAAGGUCCUCAGUCUUCUAGAACCGCUCACUAACAAGACUUUCUCUGUGGCGACGAAAAGCAACAUGGAGAGCUACACAUACCAGUUCCAGGUGUGUGGGGAUGCGGGGAAAACGGUAGGAGCGGGACUUGUUCAGAUCGACCAGACGGGGGAAAAAAGUGAGACAGUGCUUGGCCUAUACACUGCAACACAGGCUAUCGGAGGAAGUGACUGGGUGAUGUUGAUCUACAGCAACGGCACCAAGUAUGACGCCCACUGUUCCAAGGAGAUGAGGAAAGCCAUUGUCAUGAUCUCUUGCAACAGAGGAGUGGAAAUGGGGAAGCUGAAAGUGGUGUUGGAGGAGAGGGAGAGGGACACGGACUGUUUCUAUCUGUUUGAACUGGACUCCAGUGUGGUCUGUCCUGCUCUGCCAUCCCAGCUCAGUGCAGGCUCCAUAAUACUCAUAAUUGGGUUUGUCCUCUUGUCAGUGUACCUCAUUUGUGGAUUCCUCUACCAGCGGUUGAUUGUCGGGGCCAAAGGGUUGCAGCAGUUCCCCAACUAUGUCUUCUGGACGCAGGUUGGCAACCUGGCAGCGGAUGGAUGUAAUUUCGUGUUUAGGACACAGGGCACCGAAGAGGAACCUCCCACAUACAGGGGUGUGUCCACAGAGCCAGAGGAGCAGCCACAAGAGAGGGAUGACCACUUGCUUCCCAUGUGAUCUGAUGUCAGUAGUGGGAGGGAUCUAUCCCACAAGACGCUUUUGACGCUUUGGAUAGAUAUUGCCCUUAGGCACAGAUCUAGGAUCAUCACUUACUUUCUCCAAAUCCGGAGGAACAUAAAACUGACCUCAGUUCAGUGUCUAUGCGCAACGUCAUCCUAGUUCAUUUUGACAGUUUCAGGGAUGAGUUUAGAGGUGGGCACACCAGUUUAUGGAAGGCUGGAGGAUCUAUGACUCCUAAACACUUAGUUUGUUAUAUUAGAUGGUAAGUCACCUGUCCUGGUUAACAUGGCCCAGGCGUCAUUAUUUGGAGGUGGCAACAAAAACCUGGAUACACUUUUUUUUUUCCUUUCAUGAACUGGAGUGGCCACCUCUGGAUGGAGAGUGACGUCUCAAAAACGGACUCUGUUACAUCUGGUUCAUCUGGCACAAUAGGUGUCGUUACUAGUUAACACUGCCACAAAGUUAUGAACCCCGCCUAUUUCUACAAUUUAUKUUCUUAAAAUCUGAUUUUUAAACAUAACUAACCUUAACCACACUGAUAACCUGAUGCCUAACCCUGACUUUUAAAUUGGGACCAAAAUAAAAAGGUUGUUUUCAUUCAUUUUCACGAUAGAGCCAAUUUUGACUUUGUGGCUGUCUAAUCUAGUGGAAACCGUAAGGCCUUUCUGACGUGUUAGUGCUGACACAAUGCAACCAUAGGAACAGUUUCUAACACGUGACUCCCAUCCAGUUUGUUUCAGUAGCUGAUGGCUGUGUACUGACUCGUAGGUCACACUUUAUUUGAAGGACUGCUUAUGCACUGCUUAGAAUUAUUUUUACAUGGUAAUAUUACAGUAAGUGAAUACGUAGGCUUUCGUUCAUGAUUUAUAUGCUUACAGGUCAUUGUAAUUUAAAUGGUUUAUACAUUUAAAAUGGUUAGAUAUAUUUACUAUUGUUAAGAAAUAAUAGACUCACUCAGCCUAAAGUUUUCAAAUGGGUAAAAAUAUUUAUUAACGACCUUCAAAUUAAGUUGGACCACAAUACACUACAGUACAGAGCCAUUCCAACCAAUGUACUGCUAGACACACACAUUUAGUCCGUGUUGCUAUUUUAGAGUAGGAUGCUGACUGGGCCUUGACCAAAAUGUACUUCUGACCCGUUAUACCUUUUCCUUAGCUAUUUGAAGAGUAGGGUUGGAACCUAUUCCAUUUUAAUUCUGUUCCCAUCAGUUCACUUCCUAUGUUGACAAAAUUGAAAUGGCAUUGACCCCAACCAUGGUACUGAGUAGUAGCCUACUAUUAUGCUGUGUUCAUAACCAAGUGGGAAGGUGGUAAUUACCAGUUGUGAAGUUGUAAAUACCAGUUGGGUGCAUUUUACGUUCUUUGAAUUCGUUGAGAAAUGCUGAUUGGCUAAUGGCCAACAAGCGGCGUCAACUGUAAAUUAAAAGUACAGCUUUCACGCUUGUAAACAAAUUAUAGUGUUAAAAAUCCAUAUUAAUAGAUUGCUUUUUAUAAAUAAUGUUUUGUUGCAUUUAAACAGCCAAAAAUGCUGUUAUCGAGGUCAUUUUCUUAUAGGUGAUGUCAGAGGUCACCAUGAGGGAGAACUCGGAGCUCAGGGAUCAUAGACAAGUUUCCGACUAGUAAUUACCAGUUGGAAAUAUCCACUUGAACACCCUUCCCAGUCGUAUGUGGUAAAUACCACCUUCCCACUUGGUUAUGAACGCAGAAUUAAUGAUACUGAGGACAUUGAUGAUGAUUUUGUAAUAUAAUGCUGUGAUUGAACAGGUCCUUCAAAGGCACUUUGUGUUCAACAGUAAAAUGGAGGAACUUAAGUAAUUUAUAUAAUCAAGAAAAAUACACAUGUACUAUCUGUGACGUGGGUGAAUGUUUUWUUUUAUUUUGUUUUUGCUUUGUGGUGUUUAUAAAAAAAAUUAAAAAAAACCUAACCCAUGGCACUCGCUUAGUUCAAUCAAGACCUGAAAGAUGGCAUUAGUUAGACCCGACCCAGCGCAACAGGCCCCAAUGAGAUGUGGCGAAAUGGAUCAACUAAACCAGGUCUGGGUUCAAUGGAUUUGGUCAGUUCUGACUUUGGCUUUAGUUUGUGAUGCUAUUUGUACUUGCAGAUGAGGGGAAGAGUAAAAGAGAAUUUGUUUAGUUUGUUUUGUGCUUUUGCAUCAAAAUUAAAUAUGAAUAAAGUGUUUGAUUACAGUUCUGAAUCUGUCAUGUAUGACACGUUUUAGUGUGCUGGUGUGUUAGCAGGGGCAAUUAACUCCCUAAGCAACACAAUGUAAAACAUAAUAAAUAUAUUUUUAAAACAA